CAGGCACGGAGCCCCCAAAGGCUCCCAGCAAAGGGGCUUUGGAGCAAGGAGCCUGCAGCAAAGGGGUGCCAAGGGCUCGGCAGCCACCCAUAGGGAGCCCAUGAGCGAUCCGGAGGCUGCGGUUGAGGAGGAGAACCGCAUCCUGCAGCAGGAGCUGUCCCGUGUCGAGGACCUGCUGGCGCAGAGCCGAGCCGAGCGCGAUGAGCUGGCCAUCAAGUACAACGCCAUCAGCGAGCGGCUGGAGCAAACGCUGCGGCUGGAGACGGGCGAGCGGGAUGCAUCGGAGAGCCGGAGCCUGGCGCAGCACAACAUCGAGCUGCGGCGCCUGCUGGAGGAGGAGCAAGCUGCCUACAAGCGCAAGCUGCAGGCGUACCAGGAGGGCCAGCAGCGCCAGGCCCAGCUGGUGCAGAAGCUCCAAGCCAAGGUGCUGCAGUAUAAGAAGAAAUGCGGUGAAGUGGAGCAGCAGCUGCUGGAGAAGGCGACAGAGCUGGAGCAGGAGAGGCUGACGAGCCAGCUGGAUGUGAGCAGCGUGCAGCCAGAGGAGGAGGGCAGCAAUGAGCUGGAGAACGCCCUGAUCCGGCUGGAAGAGGAGCAGCAGAGGAGCAGCAGCCUGGUGCAGGUGAACUCGAUGCUGCGGGAGCAGCUGGAACAAGCCAACGUGGCCAACGCGGCGCUGAGCGAGGACAUCCGCAAGCUGACGGCCGACUGGGCACGGGCACGGGAUGAGCUGGAGCAGCGAGAGGCGGAGUGGAGGCGCGAGGAGGAGACCUUCAACACCUACUUCAGCAACGAGCACAGCCGGCUCCUGACCCUCUGGAGGCAGGUGGUGGCCUUCAGGAGGCACUUUGGGGAGAUGAAGGCCACCACGGAGCGGGACCUGGCGGAGCUGAGCCACGAGGCCUCUCGGGCGGGCAGGGCUGCCCACGCCGCCUGCCUGCACCUCGCUGCCAACCUGCGCCUGGCCGAGAGCCAGGCGGGAGCGGCGCGGGAGCAGCAGGAGCUGCGCCUGGGGCAGCUGCAGGAGCAGUUGGCGGCACGGGCGCGGGAUGCGGAGCUGGAGAGAGCGGGGCUCGGAGCCCGGCUGUCGGAGCAGGCGCUGGCCCUGGAGAGGCUGCGGGAAGAGAAUGCGGAGAAGGAGCGGGAGGUGGAAGCGCUGAAGCUGCAGCUGCAGAGCCUGGAGGCCGCACGUGCCCAGGAUCCAUCUCCAGCAGAGGUGGAAUCGCUGCGCUCAGAGGUGGAGCUGCUCCAACAGACCCUGCAGGACAUCACCCAGGCUGUGCUGUUGGAUGACCCUGAGCAGCCCCUGCUGUCCCCCCCGUGUCCCCCCACGUCCCCUCACCGCAGCCUCUCGCCCAGUGCCACUGCUGCUGCUGUGCACGCUGCCCUGUGCCGCCGCCAGCUCCAGCUGCAGGACGCCCGGAGCCAGGCAGAUGCCAGCCGGGAGCUGGCCGGGAGCCUGCGUCGGGAGCUGGGGGACAGUGAGAGGCGUGUGGGGACGCUGCAGCGGCAGCUGGAGCAGCUCAGUGCUGAGGCCGAGGUCCUGCGCAGGGACCGGCAGCGCGCGGAGGAGGCGCUGGCAGGGGAGCAGCAGCGCGCGGAGGCCCUGCAGCAGGAGCGGGUGCAGCUGCAGCGCCGCAGCGAGGGGCUGGAGGAUGCUCGGGACGAGGCCGCCCGUGCUGCAGAGGCUGCCCGGGGGCAGCUGGAGCGCAGCCAGCAGCAGCUGGAGGAGCUGGAUGUGCAGCGUGCAGCAGUGCAGCAGGAGCUGCUGGAGGCACGGGAGGCGCUGAGCCGGGCGGCGCUGGAGGCCGAGGUGGCGCGGGGCGAGCGGGAGGCACUGGCCGAGGCGCUGAGCAAGGCGCAGGGGAGCUGCGGGUCGCUGUCGGCAGCGCUGCGGGAGGCGCAGGCCGAGGGCUCCCGGCUGCGGGACGCGCUGGCCAAGACGAGCGAGCUGGCGGCGGGGCUGGCGCGGGACAAGGCGGAGCUGAGCCGGGGCCUGGCGCGGCUGGAGGCGGAGCGGGACAGCGGCAGCGUGCGGGAGCUGCGGCGGGAGCUGGCGCUGCUGCGGGAGCGCCUGGAGCGCGGGCAGCGCGCAGGGGCCCUGGAGCGGCUGCGCCUGCAGCGGGAGCGCAGGGCGGCGGAGGAGCAGCGCUGCGGGGGGCUGCGGAACGAGCUGCGGGCGCUGCGGGAGCAGCACAGGAGCAUGAGGCAGCACCUCGGGCAGGCGGUGCAGGAGCAGAGCGCGGCGGGGGAGGCGCUGGCGCAGGCACGGGCAGAGCAGGAGCGGCUGCGGGGGGAUCUGCAGCGGCUGAGCCGGGCCCGAGAGGGGUUGGCCAAGGAGGGCGCCAGCCUGGCCGUGCAGCUCGCUGCGGCCCAGCGCCACGGGCAGGACCGGGCCCGGGAGGCGGCCGGGCUCAGGUGGGUGCUGGGCAGGG